UGCUCAGAAGUGUCAGUAGCAAGUGUGUCAUUACAGCAUACAGCACCAAGGAAAACAUCUUAAAGCCCCAUCCUGGAAAAGUGAAACUUUCUCUCAGCAGCUGCAGAGGCUGUUUCGGGGAGGACCGGAGAAAGGUGCUCUUCAAAGUCUUUGCACAUCUUCUCAGGCUGAUCCAGUUGUAUGGUUCUUCUGAAAGCUGAAACCCUUUGCCAGGUGCAUUAGUUGUAGAAGGCAACAAAAUAGAACGUCACUCAACAGAAGUAGCAAAACUGGAGGUUUAUGGGGGGAGAGAGCUCAAAGGGCCAGGGGAAGAAAAGCAUGAUGCUGCUGAAGAGAAGUCAGAAGUUACCUCCAUGGGAAGAAGCUCUUCUUUCUGGAAAAGACCCACAAGCACUUCUAAAGCGGGGACUCCGGUAUGUCAGCUUGAGCCUCAUAAUGAAGGGGAUGACGAGGGCUCCUGACUUUUUGUGGGGAUUGCCAGAGGUCCAGAAACUGAACCUCUCACACAACCAACUGAUCGUCCUUCCUCCUGCUUUGUCCAAACUUGACAGACUGGUGGUGCUGAACCUGUGCGGGAAUCGCUUGAAGUCACUGCCUAAAGAGAUUGGGCUGCUCAGGAACCUGAAGGUUUUAUUUGUCAAUAUGAAUUCCUUGACAGAAGUACCAACAGAACUUGGGCACUGCAAGAAGUUGGAAGUGUUGAGUCUCUCCCACAACUGUAUCUCUCAUCUCCCGACAAGCAUCACAGACCUGAUAAACCUAAGAAAGCUGAAUCUUAGCAACAACCGGUUCACUUACAUUCCCCUAAGUGUUUUUGCAUUGAGGAAUUUAGACUUUUUGCAUGUAGGCUGCAACAGACUUGAAAACAUUGGAGACAGUAUCCAGUUUCUAGUCAACUUGCAAAUCUUUAUUGCUGAUUAUAACAACAUGCGCACAUUGCCAAGGGCUAUCUGCUCCGUCACUGCUCUUGAACUACUAAACGUUGAUUACAAUUCUAUUCAGACUCUCCCAGAUGAACUCUAUCUGCUGCGCCAAUUGUCAAAAAUUGCUUGGAAUCCAAUGGAUAAGGGGCUCCAUAUUUUACAUAACCCUUUGUCCAAGCCAUUGCCACAGAUUAUAGAGGGAGGACUGGAUGCGCUAUUCAGCUAUCUCAAAGAUAAAAAUCAACUCCCCUAAACUUGUACUGCACUUGGGAUCAAUUCUAAGGUUGCGCCACUGCAUUUUUCUAGCCAGUGGUUUUCACUGCACAAAUCAGGAUUUGGAAGAGAGUUGCAAUAAAGUUUUCUGAAAGCAAGUACAUUGUCUUUAUAGUGGCUGUGCCAUGAAUAUAAUAUAUUUUCCAUAUAAUAUAUAUCCCAUAAAUGUUGAGGGGAAAAUAAUUCUGUGACUGAAGGAAGAAAAACUGUGAUGGAAAUAUGUAGUUGAAAACAAUCCAGAGCAAACUGCAUGUUGAGGCUAUAUAUUUUUCCAUUUGUCAAGACUACAAUAAUGUUAAAAUAAAUGGUAUUGACUUUG